AUGAUGUUAGACCCAUGUUUCUUGGAGUCACUUUGCUUGGAUCAAAAAGAACUGAUAUUUCUAGUAAUAAAUGACAAUGACAGCAGAACAUUAGCAGGAGGAUCUCACUGGAGUUUGCUAGCUUAYACAAGAUCAGACAAUUGCUUGAGUCAUUACGAUUCUUUUCAUGGUCACAACACAACCUCAGCAAGAGAACUAGCCAAUUGUGUGAAGUCUUAUAUCAAUGCAGCAAACCCACCAACACUUCAAUUGGAAGAAUGUCCCCAACAGACCAAUGGAUGUGAUUGCGGGGUUUUUGUGAUCGCGGUCAUUAAACAUCUAUGCUACCAUUUCCUUGGUAUGACAUCACAGUYRUUAAUGAAUUCAGUCAACACAAAGACUGUGAGUCACUUGAGAUGUCACAUGAAAGAUUUGAUAAAGGAACUUGCAAACACAAAGUGUUAAUUGAAUGCAUCAAAUGUACAUCAUGGGACAGAUGAUCAAGUGGACUAUGCUGCUGUCACAUGACAUUGAAUUGGAAAGAGACAAGUUAAGGAUUCAAUCAGCAAGCAAAAGCAUGUAAAGCCAGGAAGUAUACGAGGGGUGUGGCUUCUAUAAUGCAAUAUGCAUAUUUGCACUUGUGUUGCUAAAUUUUCAAAUUUUUGGGAAUGCCAACGAAACAUUUUCAAAAGUUCUUAAUUUCUUUAAAAGAUAUUGAUGUUUAGUAGGUGUUGACGUGUUUUAUUGUUUUGUUUUAGUGCAUACUAACAACAAACCGACUUCUACAUAGAUCAUUACACUUAAUUCUAUAGAGCUCUUGCAGUUCAUGUCGUUCAUGGAAAUGCAGCUCUAACUGGAGGACAGAACAAUGGAUUCUAGUUCCCAAGAGGGCAAAAAUCUUCUGUUUUGUCCUCCAGAUUAAGGUCCUUUACUUCAUAUGCUAGGGGUCUAUAUUAGGUAAUUCCUCAGACUUCCCGUGGACUAAUGCUGUAGAAGAUGCCGUUUAUUCCCCGGCUUUGAUGUGUUUAAAGCAGGAAAAAAAGAACAAUGUCAACAAUAAACGAUUCCCUUUUCCGUGACUAAAAUUUUACGCUUGUCCGGUAGUGAAAAUAUUAUAUCAUUACAGCAAAAAUUUAACAUAUGGAUUACGUUCACAUUAUACUCUGUGAAUUCAAAAGAUGGAAGGUCACUUCGCCUUUUAGAAAGAAAAAUAAAACAAGUACAUUUUACAGUAAGAAAAAAGGAAAAAUAAAGCAUUGUUUCAUGUU